GGGUAGGGGGGAAGGUUUCUUUUUAUAGGAAAGUGAAUGCAUAAGCAUUCCUUGAAAAGUCUCAAUCAUUUUUGUCCGAGAUUGUAGUAGAGGAUCUGAAACAAAUAAGUUAUUUCAAAGUAAUAAAAAAAUGCCUGAACAUUUGGGAGUUUUGGGAGAAGCUUUCGCAGAGGGUUUGACGAGAGAAAGUGUAAUGCUGAUCGAAUGAAAUUUUAUCUUACGAGGUUAAUCUAACGAGGGAUGUUUUGGAAUUUGAUUUCGCUAGGGGUUCUUAUUGUAGCUUACUUCUGUUAUUCUCAUUUGGGUGUCAAUUGUCAUGCUUCAAUUUGGUAUUUAAGUCCUAAUGUGCUUUUUGGAUGAUUGGAAAUAAUAGAGAAGAAGGAGUUCUGUAGUUUGGGCUUCUGCACGAAAGUGUGGGCCCCCUGACUCGGAUGGGUGUAUUUAAUUGCCUUGGGUCAGGAUUAUCGUGCUUACUUCGUAUGCUGUUCUCAUGCUGCUCUCUUCUUCCGUCCCUCCCUGCUCUUUUGAUAUCAAGCGUAAUGUGCUUUUUCAAAUCCUUAAUUAUUCUAUUGUAUUAAGCUAGAGCCUGUUUACAUCACGUCAUUUAUUUCAAAGUUCUUGUUAUUUUUCGUUUAGGAAAGACUAGGCUCUUAUUUCAGUCAUGUUUUCUCUUCCCCUCUCUUAGGUAUCUAAGGUAAGGCUAGUGCAUCGGCUUUAUGGUGGGGAAAAGUGGACUUUUCUUGUCCAUUCCCUGCUCAGAACCUUAAGCUAUUUGUACUUAAGUCUAUUAAGCUUUAUCAAAAUACAGCUUAUAGACAUCAGCCAUUUGUAGACACUUUAUAAACAUAUACACAUAUAAAACAACAUGUGGAAUUAGGAAGAUCAGUUUGGCCGGAAAGAACAGUUUAGUCGCCGUUUGGGUUUAUCCUCAAUUUCAGAUACGAACAAUGCUUCAUUUAGCAACAAUAAUAAUAUGCUUUCAGACCUGUUAAUCCCAUCCUCCGCCCUCCGCUUAAAAACCUUGGACGAAAUAGUUGCAAAUUAAAGAAAUCGUUUCGCAAAUAUGUUGAACAAGCUUGUAGAAAAUUAAAGGGUUGGAGCCACUGGCGGUUCCUUGUAGCCCCUGGUGUUCUUUACCGGCCCAUGAAAUGUAGAGCCCAUGAAAUAGCGGUCCACUGCAGCUUUUGGGGGUGCCUGAUGACCCCUGGCCACCCCUAAAGGGACUUGUGGCGAGCCCUGGUAUGAAAAAGCUUCGGAAAAGGGAUUUUGUUGUUGUAGUUGUACUGCAACAUUUUCUGGUUUUGAUUUUUGAGCGCGAUUCGUGACUUGUGCAGAGGCCGAAAUUAAAGCGAAGCUUUUACGAUAUUAUUUAUCAAAAUGGGACUGAUUGAACAAGUCAGAUUAAUGCACGAAAAUGGACUCCACGCAGAUAUAAAAUGUCUGGCAAGUCUACUUAUAUCAUUGCCUGAAUUCAGAUCAGCAGACAAGUCUGACUUCUCAAUGAUUUUGAAGAAAUAUGAGAUUCUUGUUUAUUAUGGGGAUGCAUUUUAUGUCGAUGAGGAGUUCAGAAGAGCUGAGCACUACUACAAUGAAGCAUUGAGGCAAAGAAGAAUACUUGUCAAAAUUAAACCAAAGACAACAUCUCUGCAGGCCGUAGAUUCAGAAGUCGAGUUAAAGUUCAAGAUUUACCAAUGUCAUAUGAAGCUUCGAGAGUUCCGAGAUGCGAUUUCUAUUCUCGAGGGUAUUUCGCUAAAACAGAGGUCGCCAAAAGUGAACGUUGCGCUAGCCAAGCUGUACCAAAAGCAAGGAAUGGAAAGAUCUGCAAUAACGUGUUAUAAAGAAGUUCUCAGGGCCUGUCCUUUUGCAUUGGAUGCCAUCACAAAUGUCCUCUUUCUUGGUGUUCCACUGCAAGAGGUUUUGUCACUUUUGAAUAUGCCACAGUCAAGUGCUGCUGGUGCCAUACCUGAAUGGAUAUCAUCUUUUAUGAAAGGCCAAUCAUUUGCUUCACUCAACAAGCAUACAAAAGCUGCGCAAGUCUUCAGAAACUUAGAGACGAAGGUACUUAGAGACAGCGUCAGCGUCCUUUGUUGCCAGGCAGAAUCGUGUUGGAGAUCUGGGGACAAAGUUAACGCGGUUAAUUGUUACAAGAGGAUAAGGGCGCUGGAUCCGACUUGUCUUCAAGGUAUGGACAUUUAUUCCCACAUAUUAGCCGAAGAUUUUGAAACCAGCGAACUUGAAACUCUUGCUCAGGAUUUAACGCGAGUCAGUCAAAUAAAAACAGAACCAUGGAUAGCAAUGGCCCAAUAUUGCACUUGUACUAAUAGAAAAACUAGAGCAGUUUAUUUCGCUCAAAAGGCUCAUAUGAUCGAUACGAGAAAUGUUCAGGCUUUAUUGCUAAAAGCUUCAUUGCUCCAAUCAUUGAAUAAACAAAACGAGGCUUUGAUGCACUAUAGAGAGGCUAUUCGCUUAGCGCCUACAUAUUUCGAAGCAUAUCAAGGUUUGGUGGAUUGUUACCUGUCAUUUUGGCAGCAAAGAGAGGCAAUGACCAUUGCACGAAACGCACUCAAAACGAUUGGCACAAACGCUAGGACACUCACUCUCUACGCACAGGUUCUGAAAAAAGAUGCUCAAGGAACCGAUAAGGCCAAAACGAUGUUGGAAAAAGCUCUGGCCAACAACCCAUCAUUUCUACCCGCUGCGUAUCUGCUUGUCGAAAUAUUAAUGAAAGCAAGACAUUUUGAGUCCGCCAUUGUCGUGCUUCGAAAGCAACUGGAGCUGCAGCCGACGGCCAGACUGCACCAAUCGCUGGGUGACUGCCUGCGAGAGAAGAAUCUCAGAGCAGAAGCAUUGGAGCAUUAUAACAAGGCAUUAUGCUUGUCACAGUGUCCUGUCAAAAGCCUUGAUGACAUGAAAAAUACAGAAAUUGUUCUUUCGAAAGAGGCUGAAUCCGCCGAAAUUAAUUUUUCACCUCAAGACUCAUCGUACCAAAAUGAUGUUCCUGACGAAAUUUUUGACAGUGACCCCCUGGUUGAUCAAGAUAUGCCGGAGUGGCUAUAGCACGUGACAUUCCAGAAGAACAAAUGUUCAGUGGCAUGUUGGAGUUGAUGUUGUUUGGCGGCUUCUCUAGUUAUUUCCGAGAAAAGUUCUGCAAAAGGCUGUUACAAAAUUUGAUACCCUUCAAAUUUGCAUGUUCCUUCAUUAACCUUAAUAGCUUACAAAGUGAAAUUUUUUAAUUGCAUGUUAUUUGUGAAGUUUGUCAAACAAUCGCAAGGGCAUCAAGCAUUGGAUAAAAAGCAAAAAAUUAGCCUGGUCUUUACUUUUACGCACAAAGGUUGUUCUAUUAUUAAGAGGUUCCAUUUUUUAGGAUACGCGAACGAUUGAUUCUUAAAUUUCUUUCUCAAUUACUUAUGGAGUUGUAAAUAGAAAAGGUUAAUUUCACACAAUACGUGGUAUCUAAACAAUUUAAAUAUUUAAUCUUAGAUAUAUUCGUGGUGGCUUAUCCGUUGACAUAAAUAAUCUAACAUAUGUAACUAAUGAAGAACCUUUUACUUCAAAAGCAAAUUCUAAACUUGCUUUGAUUAGUUCACGUUUUAGGACCCCUUAUAUUUCGUCUUCAAAGUAGUGUUGCUUUAAUUCGUUUUUAUAUCAUUUAAUGUUGUUUUUAUUAGAUCAUUUGUAAAGCUUUCAUCUAUUUUUAUUGUAUAGUGUAAAAAUUAGAACAAAAUUACAGCAGGGCCCUGAAACCGAGUCGAGAUUGGCUCUCAUAAUGUCAAAAUCAUGUAAUGAUAGGGUGACGCUGGGGGAAGGGGGAUUUGGUGUAUCAAUGUAUGUCGAAAAGUUCCCUUUCUUUAUGUUGGUGUUUGAGAUAUUUCUUGUGGAAGCCACUCCCCCCCCCCAACCCUCCCCCUCCACGCUGUCGAUAUUAUCCCAUGAAAAAAAUUC